GAACCCACUCCAAAUAUCGCCCACGAUGAAUCGCGCGAUUGCCGAAAUGCAGCACCAGGGCGGACUCGCCGAGUUCCCAACGCGCAAGCCGCUGACUAAUCUACUCCUCGGGGGGAUUGCGCUGUUUGCCAUCAGUUUUGUCGCGACUUGGUACCGUGUCUGGUGGGACAGCAUCAUUGCACUUCUCGUCACGGCGCUCGGGUACUAUUCCAUCCGCAACGAAGGUCUCGUACCGAUGGGCCUCACGUUUGAUUUGGCGUUCUAUGGCAGCAUUGUGAGCUUCAUUUUGCAUGGUGUGGCGUUUGGCAUCAUCGCCGCCGAGCUCUCUGUGAAGCAUGCACUCGUCAUUAUCAAACAGGACAGUCUCACGCCACCUGGCCUCCUCAUCUUUGUCCUGGUGGUCGAAUUGGCUCUCCUCGGCUACACGGGCGUCAUUAUGUCGUGGUUUUACAGACUCCGCGGUGAAAUCAAGGAAGGCGAAGCGAAAGCUGACCAAGACUACCGAGAGCUCGUCUAGGGCGACCUCCAAUUCAUGGACCAUGCGUCGAGUAACACAAAUAUAUUCACACUGCAUCUAGCAGCUAUUUCUCACGAGCA